AUGGGCGACAAUGGUCCGAGCCCUGAGGCCGCACCGUUCGAGCGGGCACUCGCACGAUUCAGAAUGAACCUCAAGAAGAGGGAGCAAGAAACGUUCAGAAAAACUACCUUAGCAGAUUUGAGGCAAUGUAUUGGCGAACUACAGGAAAAACAGCACACAUCGCGGCGGCUAAAGGGCAUGAAUCGCAUACAGCCUUUUCUCGAAGCAAUGGAGCAGUUUGGGAAAGUCGUGACAAUAUUCGCCAACAGCAACGACAUUGUUGCAUUUGUAUGGAUUUCAAGCGCAUGUGUGGACGCAUUCAAGGAGCUCCUCGAUACGUACGAACAGAUUGGAGAAAAUCUGCCACUUCUCAUGCAGUAUGAGAGCCUAUUCCGGUCGAAGCCUCACAUGUCCGCGGUGCUGGCCCUCAUGUAUGAGGAUAUUCUAAAGUUUCACCAUUCUGCAAUGUCAUAUUUUCAAAAACCGCUAUGGAGGCAAAUGUUUGCCGCGACUUGGAAGACGUACAAGUCGCAAUUCUCGGAAAUAAUAUCCAACAUAGCUCGGCAUCGCCAGCUUGUCGAAAAUCAAGCUACGAUUGCUCAAAUCGAGGACUUUCAGCAAUCUAGAAGGGUUGAAGAUGCAAGAUUUGAAACCGAGACGAAGAGCGAGGAUUUGCGUCGCCUGAAGACUGUUUUUGACUGGCUACGGCCGGCGAAAGUUGAAUCCGAUCAUCACGAAUUUGUUAAGAUUAGGGCGGCAUACCCCGGGAUUAGCAGGUGGAUAAUAGAUGAUACGACAUUCCGAGAAUGGUUUGACCCAUCGUAUCCAAUGAUUCCGCCCUUGCUGUGGCUGAGUGGGAUUCCUGGAGCAGGGAAGACUAUCCUCGCGUCCCUCAUAAUUGAGGAAGCCCGGAAACUUGUACCUGCCCCAACAGUGCUAUACUUUUACUGCAAGCACAAAAAUCCAGAGCAAGACAACUUCCGUGCGGUUACUCGUACAAUUCUCGCACAGCUUCUCAAGCAGGAUAGGGACUUGCUCGCCUACUUCUACGAAAGGUGCUGUGAAAGUGGUGAAACUGUGCUCGAAUCGCGAACGACAAUCGAGAGUCUUUUGGUGGAGGGCUUUAACAACUGCAAGAGUGCAUACAUUGUCAUCGAUGGCUUGGACGAAUGUGGAAGAGAGGAACGAAAAGAAAUUACACAUUGGUUCAGGAGGCUAGUGGAAGAUUUGCCAACAUCAGAGCCAGAGAGAAUUCGGUGUUUGUUCGUCAGUCAAGAUGAUGGGUUCGCACGGAAAGACUUUUCAGGACUUUCCAGCAUUAAGAUUGGACCAGAGGACAAUAAGUCAGACGUUGAGUAUUAUUGCCGUUCUGAAGCUUCCAAACUGACACUUCAUCCUUUCUACCUAGCGCAUGAGAGGGCAACCGCCAUAGGAAACACAGUGUCAAAUUCUGCUACAGGAAUGUUUCUUCUGGCGAAGUUAAUCUGGAUCAAUGUUUUUGGGCAAACUUCAAUUGCCGGUCUUGAGGAAGAACUGGAGCCCGACGUCUUCCCUACGGGAGUCAAUAACGCCUACGAAAGGAUUAUGGCAAGAAUAGAGGCUCAAGCCUCCCCAGCGCGAUGGGAAGAAGUCCUGAUGGUUCUCGGAUGGCUCGUCUGUGCAAAACGACCGUUGAAGUGGCACGAGAUACAAGUUCUGAAAGCAAUGAAUCUUGAUAAGGAAUCUAUUGAAUACGACCGGCAAAGGUUCCGGCCAGCUCCAAAGGACCUUUUCGAUUCAUUAGUCGAACACCGAGACGAUGGGACUGUCCAACUAGUGCAUCUAUCCGCCAAAUAUUUCCUCGUGGACGAAAAUAAAAUCGAUCUAUCUGCUGAGGAAUUGAAAAUGGCAACAAUGUGUAUCAACUAUCUUAACCUGUCAACGCUCGCUUCACCUACUGAACCAGGUGUGCUAAAUGGAGAUUACGGGUUACUAGACUACGCUGUACUGUACUGGAUACGCCAUUUCGAAGCCGGAAUUCUGCAAGCAGAUGGCCAUAAUGACUAUAUGACAGCAAUUGCAGAGUCAUUAGAGAUCUUCAUCCAAAAGCAUUGGUGCGACCCGACCCAUCCUUUAUCGGUGUCGCAAAGAAACCGAGAUAAGCUCGCAUUCUUCCAAGGCUUGCCUUUCUACGACAAUCUCGAGCAAGCAGUUGUCUCGACUCGGAAACAAGUCACAUUCUUUGGAAAGAUGAGGACAGAAGAGAUUGCUCUAGAUCUUGAUGGAGUGGUGGUUAGUGUCCGUAAAAUGCUCGAAGAUUCGCUCCAAUUCUUGGAGGAACCGUCCAUCAAAGAAGACAUGACAUUAAAAUACGGUACCAAUAUCUUCAAGUGCCCUCGAUUCAGUUGUCAGUUCUUUACGACUGGCUUUGCCACCGGUCAAGACCGCGAUAAACAUGUCGACAAACACGAAAGGCCAUUCCGCUGCACUGAAGAAGCUUGUACCGGGUUUACCUUUGGCUUCAUCUCGACGUCCGACCUUAGUAGACAUAUGAGAGAAACGCACUCAAGCAUCUCUAUCGGGGAUGAACAAUUUCCCACCGAUCAUGACGUCCAAAUAAGCAUGCAGCCCGAGCGACCUCCGGAAGAACCAGCCCCCGCCUCAGUUGUCGAAGUACCGCAACAAGAGCAAGAGCUGAUUCUCCACCCGCUACCAGCCUCAUAUCGAACGCGUAAAAAGGUGAGGCAAAGCGAGUUUAAGUGCAACGACUGUGGGAACGUCUAUACGAAGAGGUACAACUGGAAGUCGCACCUUCUCAUCCAUGCUACUGACAAGCCUUUCAAGUGCCCCGUUUGUGGUGCGCGUUUUGCUAGGAUGGGUGAUUUGAGACGCCAUGGAAGUACGCACUCCGAGAAAACUUACGUCUGCCGUGCAGCGUUCCCAACCGUACGUAAUACGUUUCAACUCGCCGUUUUUUAG